AUGGCCUCCACCCCAACCCCAAGCCCUAUCCCUCCACAAUCACAAACCCCACACCUUUCCAUUAAGACCGCAGCUCGCAAGCUCCCUAUCAAACGCAAAACACCUGACACUCCAUCCCGAUCAUCUCCGGUUCCGAACCGGAUCCCCAAACUUGAAACCGCACACGAUGAAGACGAUAACAUCAUCGACGGCGAAGACCUCGAAGACGCAGCGGGAGACGAUCUCAAGCCCCCUCCCUUCAAAUACCAUCGCAUAUGGCCAGAAUCAGACGAAAUUCGAUUCCUCCAAGGCCUCCUCGAUUGCUCCGCCGAGAGUUUUCUCUUCCCACGAGAUCUUUCUCUUUUCUACGAUCGUUUCUCACAGACCAUGCCUCAGCCUUACACCAAGUCCCAGCUCUCCGAGAAGCUUCGCCGCCUCCGUAAGAAGUUUCGUGUCAUCUCCACCCGAAUUUCACGUGGGCUCAAUCCUUCGCUUCUCAGUCCGCACGAUAGUGCGCUCUUCGAUCUUUCGAAGCAGCUCUGGCAUCCUUCAUAUGCCUCUUCGACUCCCUUUCAGUCUAAUAAGCGGAAGUCCUCCGAGGUUAGGGUUAGGGUUAGCUUCUCUCCUAAUCCUUCUGCAUGUCUUUCUCCCCCUCCUGUUCCAGCGGUUCAAGACCCAAGCUGCGCCAAUAUCAAUGACGCUAAUUUUGUCGAGGAAGACACCGAAUUGAAUUUAGAGUCCCAUCUCUGCAGUGAACAGGAACAAUGUUUACCGAUAGGCGAUGAUUUUGAUGGUUUCAGUGGCAGUGGCGGUGGUGGGCUCGGACGAUUCGCAGCCAAGACCAUUAUUGAUGUGUUCGAUAGAUCCCUCAAAGAGUUGAGAAUGAAACUGAUUCGCCAGGGGCUGCUUUAUCCUGACCAGAAGUCUACUUCUACCACAGCUGGUUCGUCGAAACAGGUAAAAGCAGUAGAUUUUGAGAAGAGGUGGCGAGAGCAACGGGCAGUGGAGCUGGAUGUGUUGGCUCGUCGCUUGAGGUUGGUUCUUGAGAAUGCCAAUACGAUGAGAGCACCUCAACAACUGUAAAUCGAAUAUAUAAAACAUCAAGUUUUUCUUCUA